GCAUCGAUAGCUCGGAAUCUAUCUAAAUGGCUGCCAAUCGUUCUGCGCCAAUCGAGUUUGCUGAAGGAGUGCAAUAAAUAUGAAUUAAAUGGCAGUGACCCACAGUGAGGCAGCAAUCGCAGCAGCAGAAGCAGCAGCAGCGGAUGCAGCAGCAGCAGCAGCACUAGAACAGUAGUAGCUACCGAAGGAACAUCCACAUCCACACCCACAUCCCUCUGUCCCGGAGAUUGUCCCAGUUGCAGUCCAGCCAUGAACUCCAAUUCCUGCAGCGACAGCAGCAACGAGUCCAUGGUCAAUCCGUCGCACACUCAGAUGACCUUUGGCCAGCAGACGCAUCAGCAGCAUCAGCAAUCGCAGCAGCUCCAAGGACAACAGCAGCAGCAUCAGCAGCAGGAGCGAUAUGUGUGGGAGAUGCGCACCCGUAGUCCGAAUGUGACGCCAGCCAGCACGGUGCUCAAUUCGCCGGAUCUCAAUGCCGAGCUGUCCUACGUUCCGCUGCAGGGCCUCUCGCCGUCCGGCGCAGGCGGUCAUGGCCUGAAUGCGGCCCGAGACGCUGGCGGCUAUUACUACCAGCGACCGCACUUGCAUCAGAUCCGGCUGGGCCGAAGUCCAGGCAGCCAGUUCGAGACGCGGGAUGUCCUGCCGCAGGGCUUGGCCAGUCCCGGCUCGCCAACGGAUGUGGGCAAAGCGGACGGGCAGUGCCUGCGCGACGGCGAGAUCGUGGUGUUCGACGACAUCGACACCAACUGGAUGAACAAGGCGUCGAGUGGCCAGCGGAAGGGCAGCAACGAGGAUGUGCUCAAGGUGACCAAGAUGAUUGGCCAGCUGCCCAUUGCCGAGUACGAGGGAUCGCCGCGUCGAUUUGGCAGUCAGCCGGGCACAAACACACAGACCACCUUGAGUGGCCCACGGAAACGACCGCCGGGAUUUCCGCAAAGAGUUUCGCCCACAACCAGUGCGGCGAAUGCGAAUGCAAAUGCAACUGCUAAUCCAACUGCUAAUGCAAAUGCAAAUGCAAAUGCAAAUGCAUCGGCCAAGGCUUCCGUGGGCAACCUCAUCGAUCUGAUCGAUCACGAGGAGGAGCGUUCGGGUGCGCUGCGCGAGAAGACGACCCCCACUUUCGAUUACCUGUACGAAUUCUCGGAGACGCGCAAGGUGCUCGAGGAGUUCUUCAAGGCGAAUCCGGAGGAUGAGAAGCGCUACACGGACGGAUACACCACGGAAAGUGGCGACGAUGUGGCCAGUUCUCAACAGGAGUACCCGGCCACGCCCUUGGAGCAGGCAUACAUUGGCCAGCGACUGGCGAGAAUACCCAAAGAUGAGCUUUACAUGGUGCACCGCUCGCCCAUUAAAAAGCCACAAAGUGAACAGAUGCCUGCGACUGCCUACCACCAGGAGCACAAUGACAUCGAGCUGUAUAUCGAUUCGAAUAGCCGCAGCAGCGGCGAUCUGGCGGACACGGAACUGGAGGCCAAUCUGCGGCGGCACUCGCGGAACUUCACCCUCUCGCCGGAGACCACGGACUACGAUUCGAAUUGCGGCGACCUGGACAGUCUGUCCAACGACAUCAACUGCCCCACGGACUAUGGCAAGCUGUACACGAGCAUGCCCGUCUUGGAGGACGGCCUGAGCAGUGGCCACGCCUCCGACACGGAGAACAAUGUGUCCGUGAUCUGUGACAAGCAGCAGCAGUCCUCGCAAUCGCAAUCCACGCAACCCAUCGUCCACAGCGAGCACAAUGGGAAUGCUAAUGGCAAUGGUAAUGCUAAUGGCAAUGGUAAUGGAAAUGGCGAGCGGCUGGAGAACGACUACAAUGUGAUGAGUGCCAGCAUGGCCACAUUGACCACAGAUGCCUCGCAAUCGGCGCUGAUAAGCGACUUUGCCUCGCUGCCCAUGCCCAUGCCGCCGGCUGCGCCGCCAGCCUCGCCGCCCCAAAUCGAGAUAGCCGAUGCCAGUGAGUCGAUGGCCAUGGCCGCCGCAGCAGAUGCUGACAAUCCAUUGGACAGUCACUACGGUGCCGUUUAUGCGGCAGCCUUGGGAGGUUCACUGGCCGAAAAGUCUGGCGGAUCGGGACUGGCAGUGUCGGCCACUACAGUGACCGCCGGAGGAUCGCUGCCAUCGCAUGCCGCCUCGGAGAUCCAGGAGGCCAUGAAAGAGAUACGUUCCGCCUUGCAGCGGGCCAAAACGCAGCCGGAAAAGCUGAAGUUCUGCGACGAGGUGCUCACCACUGAUCCGGAUUCCCCGGUCUGGGUGCCGCGCAAAACGACGACGGUUUCGGCGGCCCAGGCUGCUGCGGCGGCGGAGGAGGAACCGGACACCGAUCUGGAAACGGAUCGCUUGCUGGGUCAGCAGCGGCACGACGAGCAGGAUUUUUUCGCCGAUCAGCCCCUUUCGGACAGCAAUGCCAACGAGGGCACGGAAAUCGCCAGCAAUGGGCAUCUGAAUGGCGCGGCGGACAACAACAACCCGAAUCCGAUGACCAAUGCCAAGCCGCAGACCUACUCGACGGCCACCAUUCGGCAGGGCAUCGGCACCUCGCUGACGCCCAACUCGCCGGACAUCUGCCAAAUCGUGGGCACGGCCGACAUCUCGAUCAGUUCGCCGGAGAAGCUGCAGUUCAGCAAGAGUCCCACGGGCUCCAUCAAGUCGCUGAAGGACUCGGCCAACUCGGACAAGAAGGCCAAGUCGCGCAACAAGGAGGGUCUCCUGGAACCCAAAGUUCUCAUUGAGGGCGUGCUAUUCCGGGCCAGAUACCUCGGAUCCACCCAACUCGUCUGCGAGGGCCAGCCGACCAAGUCGACCAGGAUGAUGCAGGCCGAGGAGGCGGUGUCCAGGAUCAAGGCUUUGGCUCCCGAGGGCGAAAGCCAGCCGAGCACUGAAGUGGACCUCUUCAUAUCAACCGAGAAGAUAAUGGUGCUGAACACCGAUCUCAAGGAGAUCAUGAUGGACCAUGCGCUGCGCACUAUAUCCUACAUCGCGGACAUCGGUGACCUGGUUGUGCUGAUGGCCCGUCGCCGGUUCGUGCCCAACAGUGUGGUGGAUCCGGCCACGGCCAGUCCAUUGGGCGAUGUGCCCAGUCCGGGCAUUAGCGAGGAGGAGUCGCCGCCCAAGGAGUCACUCAGCAAGCACAACCGCACGCCCAAGAUGAUCUGCCACGUGUUCGAGAGCGACGAGGCGCAGUUCAUAGCCCAGUCCAUUGGACAGGCCUUUCAGGUGGCCUACAUGGAGUUCUUGAAGGCGAACGGCAUCGAGAACGAGAGCCUGGCCAAGGAGAUGGACUACCAGGAGGUGCUCAACAGCCAGGAGAUCUUCGGCGACGAGCUGGAGAUCUUCGCCAAGAAGGAGCUGCAGAAGGAGGUGGUGGUGCCGAAGGCCAAGGGCGAGAUCCUGGGCGUGGUGAUCGUCGAGAGCGGCUGGGGCUCCAUGCUGCCCACCGUGGUGAUCGCCAACCUGAUGAGUUCCGGCGCAGCCGCCCGCUGCGGUCAGCUGAACAUCGGCGACCAGCUGAUCGCCAUCAACGGCAUGAGCCUGGUGGGACUGCCGCUGUCCACCUGCCAGAGUUACAUUCGCAAUGCCAAGAACCAAACUGCCGUCAAGUUCACCGUUGUGCCCUGUCCGCCCGUCGUCGAGGUCAAGAUCCUGCGACCCAAGGCGCUGUUCCAGUUGGGUUUUAGUGUUCAAAAUGGCGUGAUCUGCAGCCUUUUGCGUGGAGGAAUCGCUGAGCGGGGUGGAGUACGCGUUGGUCACCGCAUCAUUGAGAUUAACAACCAGAGCGUCGUGGCUGUUCCACACGAUACGAUUGUCAAGCUGCUGUCAUCCUCAGUGGGCGAGAUCCUAAUGAAGACGAUGCCCACGUCCAUGUUUCGUUUGCUCACCGGCCAGGAGACGCCUAUCUAUAUAUAAAUAUAUGCAACUGCUCACACGCCUGCGCUGGAAUCGAGAAACUAUAAAUUCGUCAUCUGAAACUCGAUCAGCUUUAAGUUUCAUCAACUGAAAUUGAAUCGACUGGGAAUUGAUUCAGAAAUAGACCAAUUAUAAGCUUUUAUGUUAAUGAGAAAUGUAUGUGAAUUUGUAUCAGUUUUUAUAAUUUUGAAUGAUAAGUUUUAAGCCUAUUUAAAUGAUUUAUUUGGUUGAAAAUUUUACAAUUUGUAAAUCGAUCAAGCCUUUAAUGAGAUUAAUUGUUCGUCGAUAAAUCGUUCAACUGCCCACAAUCGAUAUACUAUGUGCAAUGGAGAUUAUGGUUACUAUUCCAGCAGAUAUUACUUUUUGGUCAUUUCUCCCAUUUUUGUAUAUGAAAAAGACUGAAUUUAAAGCCAGUGCGAGUGUAUGUGAGCAGUCAUUGUAAAGUAACCAAGAAAUUGUAAACCCAAUGUCCCAAAACAAAUACCCAACCAUCCCCCUAUUCCCUCGCAUCCACUAGCCUAAGCAUUCGAUUGAAUUUACUUGCAAGCAAUUAUUUAUGAUAUGAUCUAAUCCAUUAUUUGUCAUGUAAAUUUACCGUACUUUAGUUCUUUAACUACAUUUAUAAUUUUCGAUAAAAAGAAACAAAAAGCAACACACCUUAUGCCAAAAAAGAGUUAGAUUUCGUUAUACUUAUUAUUGUAUAGAGCCAUUGCGUAUGAUUAUUGCAAGACCAUUACCGAUAUUUAUAAUUACAAAAUAGCCUUAGAAAAACGAAGCCAUGCCUGCAAUACAACAAAACAACAAACAAAAUAAAUGCAUUUAAAACGCGUCAGAACAACAACAAAAAAAAAAAACAAACAAAGCGCAUAUUGAUUCUAAUUGUAUACGUAUGUCUGUACAAGAAAUCUGCACAUUUCUCGAUCGAUUAUUGCCAUAUACAUAACGAUAUAUACUCAUACGAUAAAUAUGAUAAAUCUAAAGCAAAAACAAUAAGCAAAACAGCAAAAGUAAUACGAAGAACAAUAAUUUCAGCAUUGUCUAGUUUCUGUUAAGCGAGGGCAUAAAUGUAUAAGAAAGAGACGGAGCCACAUAAAAGACAGAGACGGCGCCACAUGAAGCGAAAGAGAGGGAGAGAUAGAAGGAGAGAGCUUAUUUUUGCAUACUUAAAAAAGCGACAAACAAAAGGGCAAAUAAACCACAAAAAGCUAAUAAUUAAAACCAAUAUGUAUACAUAUGUUAUUAAUCUAAAUGGAAACGACUAAACUAAAAAAAAUAUUUUAAAUAUUUCAAGUGCAGGUAACAACAAAAGACGCAAGUUAAUAAUAAUUAUAUAAAUAUAUAUAUAUAUAUAUACAUAUAUAUAUGUAAUACUUCUGAUCGCCAAUCGGAAGCGCAGGUGCAAUAUUUUUGCAAAACACAGAAACACAAAGCCACAACAAUUAAUUAAUACAUUUCUAAGCUACUCGGGACACGGCAACAACACUAAGGAACCCACUAACGAACUCUCUGCUACUGCGCCUCUAACUAACUUCUAAAACCAAACACUAAUCGUAUACUAACUAAUGCAAUUUAUUUAUUAAUACUUACCACGUGACCGAAUACAAACAGCAGCGAGAAACAAAAAUAAACUACAUUUAUACACAAAA